AUGCUAACUUGCGCGGAUCAAGAUGUGGCGACCGUCGGCAACGAGACCUGGGAGGCAACGGCGUACGAGUAUAACACCCAAUACAACCUCCAGCCGACCGAGGACCACGAAGAAGCAAGGAAUAUCGCCGAACAGAAGGGCUACAUUUACACCGCAGGAAAGCGUCCUAACUACAAGCCGACGGCGUUGCGAUGGUAUUUCAUCUCAGCGCAAAUCCUCAUGACUUGCAUAGUCAUGGCGAUUGUCGCGUAUGCUCGCGUCAAGAUGCCCAACUCUGACAGCACCGCAACGAUCGAGGGACGCUCACUCGCCCCGAACUCGCAGGUUGUUGCCCUCGUUGACUUUGGGGUCGUGACGUCUACCUCGGCGGUUAGCAUCCCCGCCGGAGAUAUUGUCACAAUCAUGGACUCGCCGUAUAUCAAGUCCCUCUCGGAGGACACGGCCUCUCUAUCUUCUCAAGCUGGCGAGCAGGAGAAUGGAGUCGAAAUCGAUGUCACAAUCCCGAGGACUCCAUGUGGCACGUCAACAGUCUGCGUCGCGACCAUCACGAAGCAAGUCAUCAGCACUCUCAUCAUUCCCGCAACGACGCAGUUCUUGACAUUUACCAUGAGCGUGACAACCAUUUAUAAUGUUAUCGAAGAGGUGGAGACCAUUGCGCCCUCCGACAUCUUCUUCACCACCGAUAUCGUCACUGAAGUUGUAGACGUCACCGUGAUCUACCAGACCGUCACACUUACGGUCCCGAGGCCCCCGCAGUCCUUCUUCAACUCGAGCAGGCCUACAACCGAUCCCACGGACUCGGAUCAGCAACUUCAGCCAACUCUGACAACACAAACUCGGACCCUUUCGCAGACCAUCACGCAGACCAUCACGACCCCUUCGGUCGGAACCAUUCACGCCACCGGCGGUGUCGUCACGAAAACCAGGACUGAGACUAUCGAGGUCCCCGUCCUUGGCAUGGGCACCGUCACGAACGAAGACCAGACCUAUUUCCAGCUGGGCGACACCACCAUCGAAGUGACUUACACCCCGGAGGCAGGACGAAACAACGGUGGAGGAGCCGCUCCCAUUACCCACAUCAUUGAAACGAUCGAACCGGGUGGCACAGUCACCAAGGUAAUCGAGGAUGGCCCGAUUCAAGUUGUCAUCAACCAGGAGAACGAGGUCAAAACGGUGAUAGCGGCGCCGUUGGUCAACGAAGUUGUUCAGCAAGUUGGGGGCGACGUGACUAACGUGGUGGUUGUCAUUACCCCUUCGCCCAUCCCGCGCACUGGUCGCCAGGGCUCCGACGAUACCAUGAACGUGCAGAAUGUUGCGGAUCCCCAACAAGGCGGCUCUGGCUCUGGUUCCAACUCAGGUCAGGCCCAACCCGAUCAGCCAGGAGGCUCCAACUCCAACCAAGGAGGCUCCUCGGGUCAAGGAAGCUCGGGUCAAGGAAGCGCCGGUCAAGGCCGGCCUGGCAGUUCCGGGUCCAGCUCAGGCCAAGGAAGCGGCGGACAGGGUCGACCCGGCCAGGCAGGGGCCAGCGGGUCUAACCAGCAAGGAUCCGGUACAUUUGACGACGACGAUACCUUUGAGCCGAUCACUCUAACCGUCGUAUCGGCGGACGAUUAUAACCACGCCCCCUCCCAGAGUCGUCACCUCAAUGGUAGGGGGUCUUUGACCACAUUCGAACUCGUCACAACACCCGUCAACGGCGAAAACAAUGGAGCCCACCACCUACCUCACCACCAUUUCCGGAACGCCGCAAACCAUUACCUCGACGCCGCCAGCCCGCACAGUCGUCUCAACAUUAGCCGCCACGACCAAGACGAUGACUUCGGUCAGCACUCCGACCCCGACGGAAGAGGGGACACAGACCGAGCAAAGGUCUACAGCAUGAACGCUUCUCAAUAUUUUGUCGGAAAGUUCCUUCCAGCGCUCUUGGCCAUCCUCUUAUCAAUUCCUCUUCGCGUCAUCGACCUCAACGCCAAGUUAUAUCAGCCAUUCUACGCCCUUAACCGCGACGGCGGUGCCAUGGGCCCCGAUUCAAUGACCCUCCAUUUCAACGGCUUCAAGGGCUUCACCAAGCCUUUCAUUAUGCUCUCACAAGGUCACCCGAUGACGUUCUUGACAUCCAUGAUCCUUUGGGGCUCAUCCCUCAUGGUCCCUCUCGCCACCGAGGCCAUCGGACUAAAGCUCCACGAAAAGUGCUCCAUCAACAACAUCAAGGGGUGCGGCGUUGCCCUCGGCAUCUCUCCAGGGCCGACACACGCGCUUCUCGCCCUGAUGGGCCUAAUCGUAGUUUUCCUGCUCAUACUUGUUAUCAUCACCCGAAACUCGGAAAGCGGCCUCUUCGCCAACCCCUGGAGUAUUCUCGGCAUCGCAUCCCUCGCGCGAAGCCGAGACGUUCGCAUCUGGAGCGCCAGGAAAGAGUCGAUUCGCAAAGAAACGAACGAAAAGCGAUAUGGGUUUGGAUACUUCCAAAAUGAGGAGGGUAGGGACGAGUACGGAAUCGUGUUGAAGGACGACUCGGCCCAGAACCUUAGGCCAGACGGCGACAACCCCGCGAUGGGAGGCCAUGGCCAUAUGGACGACGACGACGACUUUGUUCACGACGUUAACUCGGGCCCUAUGAGAACCCGAAGCAGUUCGCUCUCCGCCGAGAGCCAGAGAACCUCCGUUCCGUUCCUUGCCCUGAGCUUUACCUGGCGGAUCAUCUUCACCUUGUUCCUAGUCGGGCUUUUUGUUGUCAUUUUGUUCUACCACAUCCAAGUCAUGAAGGGGUGGAACCCCGAGUUUAGGAGCUUCAUGAACAGCGGAAAGUUUGGCGCGCGGUUCCUCUUUGCCGGUUUUGGUGUUAUCAUUACCUUUGCUUGGGUUGCUUUCUUCGUCAGUGUCGCAAUCAUAACACCAUACCAACAACUUAGCCGUAGCGCCCAGCCUCCCGAGCGAUCCAUCCUCCUUUCUCGACCAACCCACGGCAUCUACGGCUUGUUUUCCGGCAUCAAGGAAGGCAAUAUAUUCCUCGUCCUGACGUCCUUUAUCGCGAUCCUCGUCGAGUUCCUCCCGCUCCUGCUCGCAAACGUCCCAUUCAGCCUGACACAGACGCUCCUCACCCACAAGGUGUGCGCCCGCCUCUCGCUCUCCAUCUUGACGGUCAUGAUUAUGACUCUCAUUGCGUCCAUGUUUGUCAAGUGGCCCAAGAUGCCGGUCGAUCCCAGAAGCGUGGCGGGCGCCAUCUAUUACGUAUCGGGAUCCGAUAUCUUGAUGAGCAGGGCGGAGGGCACCGGAAGGAUGGACCGCGAGACGAGGGAUAAGACUAUCCGGCAGUACGGCGGGAGGUAUUACUACGGGGCGAUUCCGGGUAAGGGGAGGACCGGUGUCGAGGCCGAUGAAGGCGCCGGGGUCGGAGAGGACGUGGAGACUGGGUAUCACGGGAAUCGCAUUUAA